UUAUUAAAGUCUACUCUGCAACAAUUUUACUUCCUGUAAAUUUUUUUUGCAAACCAAGCAAAUGAUUGCCACCGUGUGGGGGAAUACCGCGAAAUCUUGCAUGUACAAUUUCAAAAAAAAAUCCAAGAUAAGGAAGAAGAGCGUGGCACGUCAUAGAGAAUCGCCACGGGAUCUCCUCAAAGUUCUUGACCCUCAUGGCUGAUACGCUCUAGCUUAUAUAAACGUACGUUUCAGCUGGUGGUAGUCAAUAGCUGCAAGUGAUUCGCGGGUCAGUAGCCUAGCAAACGUCAAGUGAAGUUGUAGUAAAGUGAAUGCACCAGAGGAGAGCCGAAAGAGUAAACGUUGCAUAGACUAGAUGCUAUUUCUAAGGAACUUUCUCUCUUUGCGAACCUACGUCGUGAAUACCCUGUACAAACAAAUAUUGCGCUGGCAAGUGAACGACAGUUGGGAAUAGGAAAAGCGGUAGAAAACUAACGCUUUUCGCUUAAAAAAAAGCACAGUGAAAGUUAGCUGAGACAGAAUCGUGUUAACACGUUACACAAAUAGACGGCGAUGGCGCAACUGAAAGUAGCUAUAAUCGGUCAGAGCCCGUUCGCGGCUGAAGUUUACAAACUAUUGAAGCAAAGUGGACAUCAGAUCACAGGAGUCUUCACUAUCCCUGAUAAAGGGAACCGGGAGGAUCCUUUAGCCGCCACAGCAAAAGCUGACAAUACCCCUGUGUUCAAAAUCAAAUCCUGGAGGAGCAAGGGUGUAACGUUACCAGAAGUAUUGGAACUGUAUAAACGGAUAGAGGUCGACUUGAACGUCCUUCCAUUCUGCAGUCAAUUUAUUCCCAUGGAGGUGAUCAAUCACCCUCGUCAUCGCAGCAUAUGCUACCAUCCGUCUCUGCUACCCAGGCAUCGUGGCGCGAGUGCCAUAAACUGGACUCUCAUCGAAGGAGACAACACUGCAGGGUUCUCAAUCUUCUGGGCUGACGAUGGCCUCGACACUGGGCCAAUCUUGUUGCAGAAAUCUUGCAAAGUCGAACCCAAAGACACUGUAGAUACGUUGUACAAUAAUUUCCUCUAUCCUGAAGGGAUCAAAGCCUUGGGGGAGGCUGUAGACCUAGUGGCCAAAGGCACUGCGCCGAUAAUUCCUCAACCGGAGGAAGGAGCUAGCUACGACCCCAUGUUAAAUAAGAAGGAGCUUCAAAAAAUUAAUUGGUCCAAGCCUGCCAAGCAGAUCCAUAACUUCAUCCGUGGCAUGGACAGCACUCCAGGAGCCUGGACUACCAUCAACGACGAGGAAGUCCGUCUAUUUGGGUCUAGCUUAUGGAACAGCGACCAGAUUCCUGCCCAUGAGAUUCAGGUGAACGUGGAGGACAGGGUGGGCAUCAUUCACGAAGGCGGAUUACUGAUCAAUGCCGUCGAUGACCGAUUUGUCAACGUGGAGAGGAUAAAAAUUGGAACAAGAACCAUUCCUGCUAGCAAAUAUGGUCAGAAGAGCGAGGAUACUGUGAUCCAGUUCACGGAGGAAGAGCUGGCCACCGUGGAUACCGUUAGGAACAUCUGGGCUGGCAUCUUGAACAUGGAUGUCGAAAAUGACACAGACUUCUUCGCGUGUGGGGCUGGAAGCAUGGACGUCGUCAGACUGGUCGAGGAAGUGAAAGACAACCUGGGAGUUACGUUACAAAACAUAGACGUUUUCAUGAAUCCGGUGUUCCAGCAAUUCAUCACCACAGUGGUCCUAGCAGCGAGGGGUAUCUCUGCCUCCAAGGAGAUCAAAUACGAUGCUGUAGAGUUACAGGCAAACAACAUGACUUUGAAGUUCCCCAAGCAGUUGUUCAUCGAUGGAGAGUUUGUGAAUGGUCAUGGAAAGCCGAUAGACACCAUCAACCCUCACGAUGAAAGCGUCAUCUGUCCGGUAGAGUGUGGUUCCAUGGAGGAUGUGGAGAGGGCUGUGAAGGCUGCCAAGAAGGCCUUCGAAGAGGGUGAAUGGAGCAAGAUCAGCGCCAGGGAGCGUGGUUCUCUUCUCUUCAAGCUAGCAGACUUGAUGGAGCAGCACAAGGAAGAACUAGCCACAAUAGAGAGCUUGGACUCCGGUGCUGUGUACACUUUAGCCUUGAAGACCCACAUAGGGAUGUCUAUAGAGACCUGGAGGUACUUUGCUGGUUGGUGCGACAAGAUCCAAGGCUCCACCAUACCCAUAUCCCAUGCCAGGCCAAAUCGUAAUCUAUCUUUCACAAGAAAGGAACCUAUUGGUGUUUGUGGCUUGGUCACACCCUGGAACUACCCCCUGAUGAUGCUCUCCUGGAAAAUGGCAGCUUGUUUAGCAGCAGGCAACACCGUGGUGAUGAAACCUGCUCAAGCCUCGCCUUUAACAGCCUUGAAAUUCGCAGAGCUGACUGCACUGGCUGGUUUCCCUCCUGGAGUGAUAAACAUUGUACCAGGAAAUGGUGCUGGGACCGGAAACGCCAUCUGCGAGCAUCCGUUGAUCAGGAAACUAGGAUUCACAGGCUCCACGCAAAUUGGUCAAUCCAUAAUGAAAUCCUGUGCAAACAGUAACUUGAAGAAGGUCACUCUGGAGCUCGGUGGUAAAAGUCCUUUGGUUAUAUUCGAGGAUGCUGAUGUCCAGCAUGCUGUUAAGGUUGGAAUGAGCAGCGUGUUUUUCAACAAGGGUGAAAACUGCAUUGCUGCUGGUCGACUAUUUGUGGAGGAGUCUAUACACGAUGAAUUCGUGAGGAGGAUAGUGGAAGAGACAAAGAAGAUCUCCAUAGGGAACCCACUGGACAGAAGAACAGCACAUGGUCCACAGAAUCACAAGGCUCAUCUGAACAAGCUUCUGGACUUUGUACAUCGUGGCGUAAAAGAAGGAGCGAAAUUAGUCUACGGUGGCAAGAGGCUGGAUCGUCCUGGAUGGUACUUUGAACCGACGAUAUUCACAGACGUCAAAGACGACAUGUACAUAGCAAAAGAGGAAUCCUUUGGUCCUGUGAUGGUCAUCUCAAAGUUCAACUCGAAGAACAUGGACGAAGUGAUAGCCAGGGCUAAUAACACAGAGUAUGGUCUAGCUUCCGGUGUGCUGACCAAGGACAUCAGCAGAGCGUUGAGAUUUGCAGAGAAAAUAGAAGCUGGCACAGUGUUCAUCAAUACUUACAACAAGACGGACGUUGCUGCACCGUUUGGCGGCUUCAAGAUGUCCGGCUUCGGCAAGGAUCUGGGUCAAGAGGCUCUGAACGAGUACCUGAAGACGAAAACCGUCACUAUAGAAUACUAGAAGAUACAAUUCGGCUAACAUAAAAAUCUUGUACUCGCCUCAUCUAUAUUCAUUGUUCAUGUAUUGCACGUGUGUUUGUAAAUCAUUCUAUUUAUACGAAUAAAUUUUUCAAUUACUUUUUAA